UGUGAGGACAACCCCAGCUUUUCCAAGAUGGUGGAGAUCUUCUUUGACCGUGGCAUCAGCAUCAUGGAAGACAAGCUAGUGGAGUUCAUCAACACCCGGGACAGUGAAGAGCAGAAGAGGAAAUGCGUACGGGGCAUCCUGCAUAUUAUCAAGCCCUGCAACCAUGUACUGAGUCUCUCCUUCCCCAUUCGGCUUGACAGCGGCUCCUGGAAGGUCAUUCAUGGCUACCGAGCCCAGCAUAGCCAGCACUGCACUCCCUGCAAGGGUGGCAUCCGUUACAGUGCAAAUGUGAGUGUAGAUGAAGUAAAGGCGUUGGCUGCUCUAAUGACAUAUAAGUGUGCUGUGGUUGAUGUGCCAUUUGGGGGUGCUAAAGCUGGUAUUAAAAUCAGUCCCAAGAACUAUACUGAUAAUGAAUUGGAAAAGAUCACAAGGAGAUUCACCAUGGAACUGGCAAAGAAGGGUUUUAUUGGCCCUGGUAUUGAUGUGCUUGCCCCAGAUAUGGGCACUGGUGAGCAUGAAAUGUCCUGGAUUGCUGACACCUAUGCCAGCACCAUAGGGUAUUAUGAUAUUAAUUCACAUGCCUGUGUUACAGGUAAGCCCAUCAGUCAAGGUGGUAUCAUCCAUGGACGUAUCUCUGCUACUGGCCAUGGUAUUUUUCUUGGUAUUGAGAACUUCAACAAUGAAACUUCUUAUAUGAACAUUUUAGGGUUGACACCAGGGCUUCAAGAUAAAACAUUUGUUGUUCAGGGAUUUGGUAAUGUGGGCCGUUACACUAUGAAAUAUUUACAUCGUUCUGGUGCUAAAUGUAUUGGUGUUAGUGACUCUCAUGGGGGCUUAUGGAAUUCAGAUGAUAUUGACCCAAAGGAACUGGAGGACUUCAAAUUGCAGCAUGGAUCAGUCAUGGGUUUCCCCAAGGCAAAGCCCUAUGAAGGAAGCAUCUUGGAAGCUGACUGUGACAUACUGAUUACUGCUGCCAAUGAAAAGCAGUUGACCAAAGUCAAUGCACACAAAGCGAAGGCCAAGAUCAUUGCUGAAGGUGCCAAUGGACCAACAACUCCAGAAGCGGAUAAGAUUUUCCUAGCAAAGAAUAUUCUGGUAAUUCCUGAUCUCUACUUGAAUGCUGGAGGAGUGACAGUUUCUUAUUUUGAAUGGCUGAAGAAUAUAAAUCAUGUCAGCUAUGGCCGUUUGACCUUCAAAUAUGAAAGGGAUUCUAACUAUCACUUGCUCAGGUCUGUCCAAGAGAGUUUAGAAAGAACCUUUGGAAAGCACAGUGGAACUAUUCCCGUUGUACACACAGCAGGGUUCCAAGACAGAAUAUCAGGUGCAUCUGAGAAAGAUAUCGUGUACUCUGGCUUAGCUCCCACUAUGGAGUAUUCUGCCAAGCAAAUCAUGAGAAUGGCCAAGAAAUAUAACCUGGGAAUGGAUAUAAGAAUGGCUGCCUAUGUCACUGCCAUUGAGAAAGUCUUCAGGGUAUACAAUGAAGCUGGUUUGACCUUCAAAUAG